UGACAUUAGGUGCAGAGAUGUAGCUGCAUUAAUCAAAGCAUGCGUCGAAUGCUGUUCGUCUUCUGGAAAUGGUUCUUUGAGUUAGAAAAACGUUAAUCAGCACUUAGAUGGAGACACAGAUCAAAAGUCUCAGCAUUAUUCUGGUCUUGUUCAAGUUUGUAAUUAACUCUGAUGGUUUCCUGCUACACGGCUCUGCUGGUCCUCUAACAGCCCGGCUGGGAGGAGCUGUUCUGCUGCCCUGCUUUGUGGACAGACCCCUGCCUUUGGAGGAGCUGGAGGUGGACUGGAGAAGGACUGAUUCAGACACCAUCGUGUAUCUAUUCCAGGACGGUCAAAGCAGACCUGAAUCACAGGGGGAGGCAUACAGGGGCAGAGCGCACCUCUUCUCUCAGGAAAUCCCCAAAGGCAACUUCUCUCUGCUGCUUGAGGGUGUGAGGACUGCAGAUGCAGGAGAGUACAAGUGUGUGGUUUAUACAGAGCAGGAGAACCAUGAAACACGGGUGGAAAUACGGGAAGUAGAGCGGCUGGUGGUGACGGGUGCAGAUGAGCCUGUCUAUGCACAUGCUGGAGAGGAUGUGACUCUCAGCUGCUCUCUGGACACCCAUGUUAAUGUGACAGAGCUUCAGGUGAAAUGGAUAAAGACCGACGAUGACAGUGAGAUAUUGGUGCUUCUGUUCACUGAUGGAGAGAACAGACCAGAGUCACAGAAUCGGAGAUACUCUGGAAGAGCUGAAUUCUUCACAGAGGAAAUUCCCAAAGGAAACUUCUCAAUGAAACUGAGGAAAGUCAGGACUGAAGACAAAGGAGAGUUCAGGUGUGAAGUCCACUCAGAUACUGAUUCUGCCAGUACAACUGCCAGGAUAGCAGCACUGGGUUAUUCAUCCCUGCAUUGGCUGAUCCUGGGGCUGUGCAUCGCUGUCACACCUGUAGUCAUACUUACUGGUGCUUUAUCUGUCAGGCAUUUAAUAAGGGAAGAUAAAAGCAAACAGGCUCUGCUGAGUCACUGCUCACAUGUCACAGUCCCACCAAUCAUGGUUUCUGCAGCCUUCAUCCUGUGGGGUGUAACCGAAGGAUCCAAAGGAGAGGCUGUUACUGGUACUGCCGUCAAUCUGCUGUAUAUCCUGGUGUUGAUUAAUAUGGCUCCAUAUCGGAACUUAUUUAAAGAUACAGGGCAAUUAAUUAUAUGCAUCACCUUGAGAACUGCAUUUCCCAUCAUUCUGGUGGGUGCCCUAACAGGUUCUUUCAUUGAGUUUUCAGCAAAAUAUUCCCCAUUUCCAGCUGAGAAAGCAACAUUUGGAGGAUUUUUUAGUGGAAUGAUAUUUAUGUUUGUCCUUUUUCUUAUAUUCCGAAUCGUUGACAUGGUGGUUUGGAGAAUAUAUCCCAAAGAAAAAUAUGAGAAAAUACUUGCCUACAUAGCAGGAAUAACUGGAGUUAUAUUUCUGUUCGUCUUGGCUUCAUCCAUCAUUGCGGUCAGUGUUUUCCUGGCAAAAUUCUCAGCUGCAGCUUGGAAAGAACAACUUGGAACAUUUUUCAUUUUGUUAGUGUUUCCAAUCUUCAUGAUUUUAUUCCCAGGUGUGCUUUGGGUAAUACACUCCAGAAGGAUGGAAAGACCAGUACAACUUAGAGGCAUUCUAGUAAUCAUGUUUGAUUUCAUGUAUAAUCACAAACUGUUUAACAUGCUGUUCCUUAUUAUCUAUUCCCAACUUUUUACUUGGAUUAGCAACACAUUCAAACUAGAGUAUUCAAUUCCGAUUGCAGUAGCUGCUUUGGGAAUGUGUGCCUGCAUAAUUAUCAAGGAUUAUUUAUUGUAUCGUGAAGAAACGCGCUUGGAGGGAUUUUACUAUUUUGCUCAGAAAGUCCUUUUGGGGAUUUUCUUUAUGCUUCACCUAAUAUUAUGCUGCCUGUAUCUAAAUGUGAUUCUAGAAAAUGACAAAGGACGACCUGUAAAAAUCUGCGAGCUUGUGUUCAUCUACAUCCUGAGUGUCACAUUUCUCUUUCGAUUCUGGAUUCGGCAAGAUUUUCUUGCCGAACCCCGUAAAUAUAUAUAUUUCUCAGGGACUUUUGGUCUCCCUCUCCUGAAUUCUGUUGCCCUGGCUGUAGCAUUAAAAAUCAAAGCAGACACAGGAAAACAGCCACUUGAUCUUCGGCUGAUUGUCCUGAUAUCUGGGUCUGUCUUCCUCUUUGGCUGCUUUGUUAUAGAGAUGUCAGCAUACUGGAUGGCCAAAAAUGAAAAGUAAGUAGACUUUUUUUCUACAUAGUAUAUGUGCAAGUAAUUUUUUCUGAUAAAGUGAUAUGAAUGUACAAAAGAAUUCAUACAUCUAUUGAUGCUGAUCCAUUGAUGCAUUGGUGAGCCUGACACCUGUUAAAGGAAGCACAUGGCACACCCUGGGCAGGAUGCCAGUCCAUCGCAGAGAACACACACAUUCACAUACGAUGGGACAUUUCUAGAUGCCAGUUGGCCUAACCUUAUGUUUUGGGACUGGGAGAAAAAUGGAGUAUCUGGGGAAACAUGGGGAGAGCAAGUAAACUACACAGAGCCCAAGUCAGGAGGUGUGAGGUGCCAGUGUUACCCACUGAGUCACCAUGUAAACCACACAGAGCCCAAGCCGGGGGGUGUGAGGUGUCAGUGUUACCCACUGAGUCACCAUGUAAACUACACAGAGCCCAAGCCGGGAGGUGUGAGGUGUCAGUGUUACCCACUGAGUCACCAUGUAAACCACACAGAGCCCAAGCCGGGGGGUGUGAGGUGUCAGUGUUACCCACUGAGUCACCAUGUAAACUACACAGAGCCCAAGCCGGGAGGUGUGAGGUGUCAGUGUUACCCACUGAGUCACCAUGUAAACCACACAGAGCCCAAGCCGGGGGGUGUGAGGUGUCAGUGUUACUCACUGAGUCACCAUGUAAACUACACAGAGCCCAAGCCGGGAGGUGUGAGGUGCCAGUGUUACCCACUGAGUCACCAUGUAAACUACACAGAGCCCAAGCCGGGGGGUGUGAGGUGUCAGUGUUACCCACUGAGUCACCAUGUAAACUACACAGAGCCCAAGCCGGGGGGUGUGAGGUGUCAGUGUUACCCACUGAGUCACCAUGUAAACUACACAGAGCCCAAGCCGGGGGGUGUGAGGUGUCAGUGUUACCCACUGAGUCACCAUGUAAACUACACAGAGCCCAAGCCGGGGGGUGUGAGGUGCCAGUGUUACCCACUGAGUCACCAUGUAAACUACACAGAGCCCAAGCCGGGGGGUGUGAGGUGCCAGUGUUACCCACUGAGUCACCAUGUAAACUACACAGAGCCCAAGCCGGGGGGUGUGAGGUGCCAGUGUUACCCACUGAGUCACCAUGUAAACAACACAGAGCCCAAGCCGGGGGGUGUGAGGUGUCAGUGUUACCCACUGAGCAGUUACUGUACAAAAAUGUUACAGAUGAGUGUCACCAUGUGUUACUAUUAAAGCGUAUGGGAACCGUCAUUUAUUAAUUCUGUUACUUUAUGUAAUUGCUGGAAUUGGCUAAAUUUAUGGUGAUAUUGGGCAUCAGUAAUAUGCACAUAAAAACAGCAUUAUUUUACUUAAAAUGCGAUAGUCAGGCCUCUGAACUCUGUUGUAAUAACUUUAUGUUUUUUCUUAGAAUAAAAAGACAGCUGGGCUUGUUUGAGAGACUCCAAGAUGCCGAGCUGGAACUGGUAGAUGCCUAAGAUGCAUCUGCUCCUCUGGCUGGUGUCUGACCAUCUUCAUCUUCAGAUUAUUAUACAUAAUUGUAAAUGGAAAAUGUACUGCAUUUAUAUAGUGCUUUUCUACUCCUACGAGUACUCAAAGCACUUUACAUCUUAUGCCUCACAUUCACCCAUCCACACACCUAUUCAUACACCGGUGGCGAAGGCUGCCGUACAAGGCGCCAACCUGCUCACCCGGAGCAAUUUGGGGUUCAGUGUCUUGCUCAAGGACACUUUUAUGGGGUCAGGAGGAACUACGGUUCCGACCUGCAACCCUCCAGUUGCCAAACGAUAGCACUACCUCCUGCGCCACCAUCUUCCCCAAUUAUUGCGUCUGUAGCAGAUCUGUGGCCCUUGUGCUCUUCCUCCUUCCCUUUAAAUACGGAGGCCGUUGAGACAGCAGGGUAGUGAGAAGUCUGACUGCCUGGGGGAAGAAGCUCUAGCAGUGUCUAGCAGUGAUGGAUCGGAUGCUCCGGAACCUUCUGCCAGGUGACAUUGGAUGAAC